CCCUUUGCCUUCCUCUCUUCUGUUAUCAUAAAUCGAAACCCUCGUUCUUCUCACACUUUACCACAACCUAAUCCACAACAACAAGAAGAGCAAGGAAGAAUAAUAGGUCAGUCUAGAAGAUCCUUUCCCAGGAGAGUAUGAUCGUUGCAUGAGUGACACAUGCAAGGGUGUGAAGGGAACUUGAGAGAAUUGUCAGGGAAUGAUAUGUGAUGAUGGUGGCUGAUUGUUGAAUUGAGAACUGGCGUGGUGUAAGAGUCGGGCAUAGCAGGGGCAGUAUGGCUCAGCAGCAAUCAUCACGGCUUAAUCGCCUGCUCACUUUAUUAGACACUGGCUCGACCCAAGCAACAAGAUUGACAGCUGCUAGGCAGAUUGGUGAAAUAGCCAAAUCACAUCCUCAGGACCUGAACUCUUUGUUGAGUAAGGUUUCGCAAUAUCUUAGGAGUAAAAAGUGGGACACCAGAGUUGCUGCUGCUCAUGCCAUUGGAUCAAUUGCCGAAAAUGUUAAACAUACAUCUCUGGCUGAAGUCUGUUCAUCUGUAGAGGUGAAAAUGUCUGAAGCAGGGAUCUCAAGCAAUGUUGCAGAAUUGGUAGCUUGGCCUAAAUGUUAUCCUAAAAUAGGAGGGACCUCAUUUAGAAGUUUUGACUUGAACAAAGUACUAGAGUUUGGGGCUCUAUUGGCGUCUGCAGGACAGGAGUAUGAUAUUCCGAUGGACAAUAGCAAGAAUUCAAGGGAGCGAUUGGCCCGCCAGAAACAAAACCUGCGACGUCGAUUGGGAUUAGAUGUGUGUGAGCAGUUCAUGGAUGUCAAUGAAAUGAUAAGGGAUGAGGACCUGAUCGUGCAGAGAGCUAAUUCUCCAGGAAAUGGUGUUGCUACUCAAUAUUAUUCAUCAAGGCCUGUCGGCAAUAUCCGGCAUUUUGUUGCAAAAAUGGUACCAAGUGUCAGAUCUCGGAGGCCCAGUGCAAGGGAACUAAAUUUGCUGAAGCGGAAAGCAAAAAUAAGUUCAAAGGACCAAACAAAAGGAUGGAAUAAGGAUGGAGAUACAGAAGCUCCACAAUCACAAGAUAUAAUAUCUCCUAGGGGCAUGUGUCCCGAUAUAUCGAGCUCUAAUAAGCUACUUGGUGAAAACAUCUCUGAUGAAGAUGGAUUAGAGAGUGACGGAGAUAAGAUUUGGCCAUUUCAGAGUUUUGUUGAGCAACUGAUCCUUGAUAUGUUUGAUCCUUUAUGGGAGGUUCGUCAUGGCAGUGUCAUGGCUAUGAGAGAGAUCUUAACCCAUCAAGGUGCUAAUGCAGGAGUUAUCAUUCCAGACUUGAGAUGUGAUAGUGCAUUAAAUAUUAAAAUGGAAGAUAGGGUAGACGAGAAUACUAUCAAAAGGGAAAGACCAAUUGAUCUGAAUAUGCAAGUUCCACUUGAUGAGUUAGAGUCAGUUUCAAAGAAACUGAAGGUUGAACCUGAAGGUGCAUCUUAUUUGGCGAUGGAUACAAUGGUCUGUACCAGCAGGGAUGGUGAUCCUGGUGGUGUUAAUGUGAAAGUGGAAGAUGCUGGAUUGAGUUUGGCUAUUGAACAGGCUAAUGGUGAAUUUAGCAUUGGUUCUGUUAAGUUGGAGACUCAAUCUCAUCUCAGUGGUGGAAGCCUGGGUAAUGAUAUAUCCACGGAGAAGGAAGGUGGCGUGGAUAAGGCUUCGUUGGAAAAGAUGGAUAUUCUAGAAAACCUUCCUGAGAAUUGUGAGCUGAUGAACUUGGUUAAAUUGGCUAGGCAUUCUUGGCUUAAGAAUUGUGAAUUUCUUCAAGAUUGUGCUAUUCGUUUCUUGUGUGUCUUAUCAUUGGAUCGUUUUGGAGACUAUGUGUCGGAUCAAGUUGUGGCUCCUGUUCGUGAGACUUGUGCACAAGCUUUAGGCGCUGUGCUGAAGUACAUGCAUCCUACUCUAGUUCAUGAGACACUGAAUAUCUUACUGCAGAUGCAGCGUAGACCGGAAUGGGAGAUUCGUCACAGGAGUCUUUUGGGGAUCAAGUAUCUGGUUGCCGUACGGCAGGAGAUGCUUCCAGAGUUGCUUGGCUGUGUCCUCCCGGCAUGUAAAGCUGGGCUUGAAGAUCCUGAUGAUGAUGUGAGAGCUGUUGCGGCAGAUGCUUUAAUACCUACUGCAGCGUCUGUUGUUUCUUUAAACGGCCAACUGUUGCAUUCAAUAAUCAUGCUGCUCUGGGAUAUUUUGCUUGACUUGGAUGACCUCAGUCCAUCUACGAGCAGUGUGAUGAAUCUGUUGGCAGAGAUCUACUCUCAAGAGCAAAUGAUUCCAAAAACGUUUGGGGAGAAAAAGAAAUUUGAUCUCAAUGAAAUUGAUCGACAAGAUGACCCUGGGGAAGGGACAUGGUCUUCAGAAAAUCCUUACAUGCUAUCAACAUUGGCACCAAGAUUAUGGCCUUUCAUGAGACAUAGUAUCACUUCAGUCCGUUAUUCAGCUAUUCGGACUUUGGAACGAUUGCUUGAAGCCGAAUAUAAGAGGAGCAUUGCUGAAUCAUCUAGCUCUUUCUGGCCUUCAUUUAUUUUGGGUGAUACUCUCAGGAUUGUUUUCCAGAAUUUGCUACUUGAAUCAAAUGAGGAGAUCGUGCAGUGUUCAGGCAGGGUUUGGAGGAUCUUUCUCCAGUGCCCAGUAGAAGACUUGGAAGAUGCUUCAAAGGCAUAUUUUCCUUCUUGGCUGGAGUUAGCAACUACUCCAUAUGGUUCAUCAUUGGAUACUGCAAAAAUGUUUUGGCCUGUAGCUCUUCCCCGCAAAAGCCACUUCAAAGCAGCUGCAAAGAUGAGAGCUGUGAAACCAGAAAACGAUUCCCUUCAAAGUAUAUGCUCAGAUUCAGGUGAAGGCUCUACUGUGCUGGAGAAAAAUACAGAGGCUUCCACCAGCAGCGGAAAGAUUGUGGUUGGUGCUGAUGUCGACAUGUCGGUUACAUAUACACGUGUCGUUACUGCCACAGUCUUGGGCAUUUUAGCUGCUAGGUUACGUGAAGGUUCUUUGCAGUUUUUUAUCGACCCCUUAUGGAAGGCGCUUACCUCUCUAUCUGGAGUUCAACGCCAGGUAGCUUCAAUGGUGCUUAUUUCUUGGUUUAAAGAACUGAAAACCAGGAGCAUCAUGGAUAUGGACAGGGUUAUUGCUGGCAUCUCAAGUAAUUUUAGGAGCCAAUUGAUGGAUUUGUUAGCCUGCAUUAACCCUGCUUUUCCUACGAAAGAUUCUCUUUUUCCUUACAUUGAACUCUCAAGAACGUACGAUAAAAUGCGCAAUGAAGCUCGUCAGCUCUACUAUGAGACUGAGGCAGCUGGCAUGUUUAAAGAUUUGUUGUCAUCCAUUCAGGUUGAUCUAGAAAAUCUUAGCGCCGAUGAUGCAAUAAAUUUUGCAUCUAAACUUCAAUUCUUAAGUAUUAAUUCUAUGGGGGAGGAAUCUGCCGAGCUGAACAGCUUGGACGAAUUAGAAACAUUCAAACAGAGGCUUUUGACCACUUCUGGGUAUUUGAAAUGCGUCCAGAAUAAUUUGCAUAUUACCGUCUCUUCUUUACUGGCCGCUGCUGUUGUCUGGAUGAAUGAACUUCCAGUGAAACUGAAUCCAAUUAUUUUACCUUUGAUGGCUUCUAUUAAGAGAGAACAGGAGGAGAUAUUACAAUGUAAGGCUGCUGAGGCUCUUGCAGAACUUAUCUAUCGUUGUAUGGGACGGAAGCCUGGACCAAAUGACAAGUUAAUUAAGAACCUCUGUAGUUUGACAUGCAUGGAUCCUUGUGAGACACCUCAAGCCGGAGUUUUGAAUUCUAUCGAAAUAAUUGAAGAGCAAGAUCUUCUAUCCUCAGUUAGUAGCAGUAAUAGACACAAAUCGAAAGUUCAUAUGCUCUCCCCUGGUGAAGAUCGUUUAAAGGUUGAGGGCUUCAUCAGUAGACGUGGAUCUGAACUUGCCUUGAAGUACUUGUGUGAAAAAUUGGGUGGAUCUUUGUUUGAAAAGCUUCCUAAGCUGUGGGACUGCUUAGUUGAAGUUCUUAAGCCUUGUAGUCUUGAAGGCAUGACUGAAGAAGAUGAAAAACUUAUUACUCGAGCUAUUGAGUUGGUUAAAGAUUAUCAGAACUUGAUUAACAAUAUCCAGGUGGUCCGUUCCAUUGCACCAAUGCUGGACGAGACGUUAAGACCAAAACUUCUCACUCUUCUUCCAUGCAUCUUCAGAUGUGUUCGUCAUUCACAUAUUGCCGUGAGAUUAGCUGCAUCUAGAUGUAUUACAACCAUGGCCAAGUCAAUGACAUUGGAUGUGAUGGGUUCUGUAAUUCAGAAUGUUGUGCCUAUGUUAGGUGACAUUACAUCUGUACAUUCUAAACAAGGAGCUGGCAUGCUUGUUAGUUUGCUUGUCCAAGGACUUGGUAUCGAGCUGGUUCCUUAUGCUCCCCUUUUAGUAGUUCCCCUCCUGAGGUGUAUGAGUGAUUCAGAUCAUUCUGUCAGACAGAGUGUGACACAUAGUUUUGCCACCCUUGUGCCUCUACUUCCAUUAGCACGUGGUGUUUCUCCUCCUGUUGGUCUUAGCGAACACCUAUCACGAAGUCAAGAAGAUGUUAAAUUUUUGGAGCAGCUAGUUGACAACUCUCACAUUGAUGAUUACAAGCUCUCAACUGAACUAAAGGUGACAUUGAGAAGGUACCAACAAGAAGGUAUAAACUGGUUGGCAUUUUUGAAGCGCUUUAAUCUUCACGGGAUUUUAUGUGAUGACAUGGGCCUUGGUAAAACCCUUCAAGCAUCAGCAAUUGUGGCUUCUGAUGUAGCAGAGCACAUUGCUCUAAAUAGUUCCCAGGAUUUACCUCCAUCCUUGAUAAUAUGCCCCUCAACCCUUGUCGGCCACUGGGUUUAUGAAAUAGAGAAGUUUAUUGAUGGUUCUUUGCUUACUACCCUCCAGUAUGUUGGUUCUGCGCAAGAGCGCAUUUCGCUACGGUCUCAGUUUAGUGAGCAUAAUGUUAUCGUGACAUCAUAUGAUGUUAUCCGCAAAGAUGUUGAUUAUCUUAGACAGCUGUUUUGGAACUAUUGCAUUCUAGAUGAGGGACAUAUCAUAAAGAAUUCUAAGUCGAAAAUAACAGUUGCUGUUAAACAAUUAAAGGCACAACACCGACUCAUUCUGAGUGGAACACCGAUACAGAAUAAUGUGUUGGAUCUGUGGUCACUUUUUGACUUCCUUAUGCCAGGGUUUCUUGGAACUGAAAGACAAUUUCAUGCCUCCUAUGGUAAACCACUACUAGCUGCCAGAGAUCCCAAAUGUUCAGCGAAAGAUGCUGAAGCAGGUGUGCUUGCUAUGGAAGCAUUGCACAAGCAGGUGAUGCCUUUUCUCCUUCGCCGGACUAAAGAUGAAGUCUUAUCUGAUCUGCCAGAGAAAAUUAUUCAGGAUAGGUACUGCGUCCUGAGUCCUGUUCAGCUAAAACUCUACGAACAAUUUUCUGGUUCACAUGUGAGGCAAGAAAUUUCCAGCAUUGUGAAGCACAAUGAAUCAGAUGCAAGCCAAAAAAAUGAUUUGCCAAAAGCAUCUUCUCAUGUAUUCCAGGCACUUCAGUACUUGCUUAAACUUUGUAGUCAUCCUUUGCUCGUGUUUGGGGAGAGAAUUGCAGAAUCACUCUCAUCUGUUGUGUCAGAGCUCUUCCCUCCUGGUUCUGACAUUGUUUCAGAACUCCAUCAACUUCACCAUUCUCCCAAAUUAGUCGCCUUGCAGGAGAUCCUUUCGGAGUGUGGAAUUGGUGUUGACUCAGGUUCUGAAGGCACUAUUUGUGUGGGACAGCACAGAGUCCUGAUAUUUGCACAGCAUAAGGCCCUUUUGGAUAUCAUUGAGAGAGACCUGUUUCACACUCAUAUGAAGAGUGUUACUUACUUGAGGCUGGAUGGAUCAGUUGAACCAGAAAAGCGCUUUGACAUUGUGAAAGCCUUCAAUUCAGAUCCUACCAUAGAUGUUUUGCUGCUUACAACACAUGUUGGUGGGCUUGGUUUGAACCUGACAUCAGCUGAUACCCUUGUGUUUAUGGAGCAUGACUGGAAUCCAAUGCGAGAUCACCAGGCUAUGGAUAGAGCUCACAGAUUGGGCCAGCGAAAAGUUGUAAAUGUUCAUCGUCUCAUUAUGCGAGGAACAUUGGAAGAAAAAGUGAUGAGUCUCCAAAGGUUUAAAGUGUCAGUUGCCAAUGCAGUAAUCAAUGCAGAGAAUGCAAGUCUGAAAACGAUGAAUACAGACCAGUUACUUGAUCUAUUUACUUCGGCUGAAAGCAAAAAGGGGGCCAGUAGAUCCAGAAGAACCGAUGAAAAAUCUGAUGUGGACUCAAUCUUGCCACGUAGCGGGAAGGGAUUAAAAGCCAUUCUCGGAGGACUGGAGGAGCUGUGGGAUCAAUCACAAUACACGGAAGAGUAUAACCUGAGCCACUUCUUAGCAAAGCUUAAUGGUUAAUUAUCUGAGCUUCUUGCAAUGCUUCUGCAUACAUUGGAUUGGAGUAUGCAGAGCAGGGAGGGGAUGAGAUGCAGCUCUGCAUUCCAUGUACAAAGUGUACAUUCUUUGAGUCAGCCCAAAUUUUGUCGAUUAGAGGUAGUUCCCUUUUCCCUCUUUAUUUUGUUUCAUUUUCUUCUCGUGAUAAUUCUAGACAGGCAAUUAUAUUCUUGGACGCCAUUAACAUAGAAUAGUUUAUAGCGGAGCACAGUUGUGGGAUGGAGCUGAUGAUGCCCCCCGUUAGGAUAGCUGAGAUAUUGUAAAUUGGAUUAUGUACAUACAUUCAACUUUUCUAAAUUAAUGCAAUCGAGAUGAAUAUCGGUUUCAUUAUGAA